AUGGCCGCAUCGAACGCCACUCGUACUCUUUUUCAUAAGCAGAGAGCUGUAACUGCACCGCCGGACCUUGCGAUCAACCAGUUACGCCGUGUUACGCAAGAGACCGUGUACCAAGCCGAAUGGCAGUGGUUUCGGAAGGCGAUCCUCCCUCCUUUGCGCCACAGCUUCGAUAUGGAGAAGAGUAUAGAGACACUAACCAACAACCAUGUUUUGACCUUGGUUCAUAACCAGCUUCGCUGGUCGGCAUUCGCGGACUGCCCUCCGACAGCGGACCUAGACGGCGAGGGCGUGGUCUUUUGCGUGCUACGAGACAUCAUCUCCGCCAUCCAUAAGUCCAGCAACACCCACGCCAAGAAAGAGGCCAGAUUUUUCUGCAAAUCCACCACUAUGCCCUACUCCUCCGCCAGAGACGACAAGUCCAAGUCCGACGCCUACUUCCUGCUCAACGAUAACGAUGUGGACAAGUCGGCUCCCAGAUGGAGUGACAUAGUCAUUCCUGCAGAGUUCAAGAAAGACAACACCGAUGAAUCGAGGAGUCUGAAUGCAACCCAGGUCUUGUGCUCUCUUACGCAUAUCAUGCGCGAAGACCCCAGGCGUCGGUUUGUCAUCGGCUUCACCAUCGAAAAUUUUUGGAUGCGCCUGUGGGUCGCAACGCGCACAGAUGUCUUAGUAUCCUACCCGAUAGAUUUAUUGACUGAUAUUGAAAAGUUUAUCGACUUUGUCUUGCGAAUCUCGUUUUCCCAAAGAGAUGAACUAGGCUUCGACCAUACAAUCAUGCGGCUCCCGACACUCGACAGUCGUGAUGGUCCUCAGUACGAAAUCUUGGUCAACAAGAAGUGGUACCGAACGCAGCGUCUCAUUUCGGACGUCGGGGCCGAGGCGCUCCGUGGAAGAGGUACUCGAGCCUGGGAGGUCAGGGAACUGGACAAACGAGGAGGAGAAAAAAUUGGGCCACCAUUGGUGGUCAAGGAUUCCUGGGUUGACGCAGGUCGCGACCGCGAGGCCACCAUUCUUCAGAAAAUUCGCAAGUCAGCGACUACCGACGUACAGCGUGAGGCGUUUGAUGCCUACCUGAUCGAUAUAAAGGACUCUUGGGACGUCCUUACUACCGAGAAGAAGGUGGACAGCACGCGCAGAGCCAUCUGCCGCCGAUCGAUCUCCCCAACAGCGAGGGCGACAUCCGUAGAGAUGUAUCCGGACGAAGACGAAAUAGUGGACGUGACCUUAUCUCGAGGCGCCAUAGCAAGAGCACUAUCUGAAGGACCAGGACCUGUCAUGUUUGCUGCGAAGGUUCAUCACCGCGUCCUAUUCGGCGAGGUAGGCAAGACGAUCAUGGAAGCCGGAACGCUCGGGACUGCAUUUCUAGUCCUUGCAGACGUCAUUAUGAUCCUGAGGCUUCUUCACCAAUGUGGUUGGGUCCACAGAGACGUUAGUGCCGGCAACGUUCUCAUCAUCGAUAAUGUCGGGAAACUGGUCGAUUUCGAGUACGCCAAACACGAAUCCGAUGAUUGGAGACAUAAAGUGCGAAUGGGCACGCCUUAUUUCACGGCGGUCGAAGUCGAACGGCACAGAUAUAGCAAGAGGAAUCAGAAGACUCCGAUGCAGAGACCGCCCGAAAAAAUACAGCGGUGCAAGAAGCGGAAGCUUGCGCCUGACUCAGAAAGGCCGUCGGACGAAGAUAAUAAAACGAGGCCUAAACCAUACACCUUGCAUAUCCUUCCCGUCAUGCCGUUUAGACACAACCCACUACACGAUUUGGAGUCGGUCUUAUGGCUAGCCUUAUACAUCGUCCUCUGCUCGACCAUCGAGAAGUGGGACACGGAUCUCCCCGACGAGCAAUGGGCCAACUACUCCUUGGCACGCUAUAGGCUUGCCGCGAAAGUGUUCGACAAUAGCGUCUUUCGGGCCGAUGUAGUAGGAUCCGGGUCCGCAUUCUACUCGUCACUGUCCAAGCUACACCCCACCCUCCAGGCGAUCUGCAUCAAGCUAAACGAGUACCUCGUCGAACUGGUCAACCUUUACAUGUAUGCAGAACAGCGACAAAUGCAAGCCGCGAUCGAGGCCGCAUCUGCCGGCAAUACGACGACGGUUCCGGAUGUGAUACUGUACACGGCUGCGCGCAAAACCAAGUUUUACAGGAAGGCGGCCGAAAUCUUUCGGAGCAUUUGCAAAGGACGGUGGUUCCGUGCCAACGAGAAAGAUCACAUCUCCUUCAAGCCUACAACGAUUUUUCUUUCAGAACAACAGAGAGAGAUGAUCGCCAUGCUCGAGGCUGUCGGACAGCUUACUCCGGCGCCUACACUCUCCGAGGAAGAGGACACGCGGUCCGAGCCGCCCAAGAAGAUUAGAAAGCUGAACCCUCCAAGAUCUGAGGAAGUGGCCGCCGCGUCGCGCGUCGGCGGGAUGCGUUAGAAUUCACAGAAGAAUCGCGACACAGUCAGCAAAAAUGUAGCUCUUCGUCAGCGUUGAGUACACUGAGCGGCAGAAGACAACCAUGUCGGACAUCGCCCCUUGGCCCAUCUUGUGCUGGGAGCCGACAAUUUUUUUUUUCCAUUUCUCGUCUCCACUUCGCCAGAGUUAGACCGUACGCUUAUCUCGCGCACGUCUCCCCCAUCUUCACUCAUCGCACGACUGUAUCGUAUUUUCCGCUUUUGUUCUGCGUAUCUGAGCUAAUGUAUUUACGCCAAGUGAGGCAAGCGUCGCUAUAAUAAUCCUAUGCUAGCUCGAUCGCAAUACAUAG